AUGAGGAAGUUAUGGCUUGGUAAAUUCCUUCUCUUCUUCACAUUUGCAACCACAAACCUCGCUUCUGGUUGCUACGAACAAGAGAGGGAAGUUCUUCUCCGAUUCAAACGCAGCCUUGUAUCAGACCCUUCUGGUCGACUAUCAUCUUGGAGUGGAAACAACUGCUGCCAAUGGCAAGGGGUUGGCUGUGAUAAUGCAACCGGACAUGUAACUACCCUUGACCUUGGAAGCCCUUAUUUGGGUUUUGCCGAGAUGUUAAGGGUAAAUAAGUUGAAGUCCUCUUUGGCCGAGCUAACACAACUCAGGUUUCUGAAUCUUUCUUCCAUGGGAUUUUCUGGCAUUGUUCCUCAUUUUAUUGGAAAUCUUUCGAAUUUGUGUGUGCUUGAUCUCAGUUACAUGGAUCUAGUCGUUGAUGAUUUCACAUGGGUUACAAGCCUUUUGUCACUCAAACAUCUCGAUCUGAGCGGAUUGAGUGUUGUUAAAGCUCCAAAUUUCAACAAAGUUCUGUUGUAUAUGAUUUCUUCUUUACAGGUGUUACUCUUGUCGGGAUGUGAGCUUUCUAAUCCUCAUUUCUAUGGCAUGCAUCUUGAAUCGAAUCUUACGCUUUCUCCAAUUCACACACUUGAUCUUAGUUCCAAUUUUCUCCAAGACGAAUUCCCUCUGUUUUUACAAAACCUGACGUCUUUACAAGUUCUUGAUCUUUCGUUCAAUGAACUCAAUUCUUCAAUCCCAGUCAUGAAAAAGGUUGUCGACCUCAACCUUGAACAAAAUGGGUUUACAGGUAUUCAAGAUACCAGGGUCUGGAGACUCUGUCAGUUACAGCGGCUGGAUCUUUCAUUCAAUUCUAUGGAAGGGGGAUUCAUGGGGCCAUCUACCAAUGGCAAUGGAUCCGAAUGUGCCCAAUUUUCUCUGGAGACACUGAAUCUAUAUGAGAACAAGUUAGUUGGUGAAAUCCCAACAUCACUAGGAAGGCUUACGGCCUUGAGAGAGUUGAAUCUUGGGUGGAACGAGUUAACAGGAACCAUCCCUGAAGCUCUAGGAAAUUUAACAAGUUUGCGGGAAUUAGAUAUAUCUAACAACAAAUUAACUGGUUCGAUUCCUACAUCUUUUGGAAACCUGCUGUUGUUAAAAAAUCUUUAUUUAUCUUCAAACCUGUUAAACGGGACAAUUCCAUUCUCCCUAGGACGACUAUCGAAUCUACAAAACUUGUAUCUCGAAUUCAAUUGGUUGUCUGGGCUUCCAUUAUCACUAGGAAACCUCUCGGAGCUCCGCUCUCUUCAUGCGCCUUAUAACUUUUUACAAGGGCCUCUUCCUACCAUUGGAAAACUUUCCAAACUUAGUUCUCUUGAUAUAUCGGGCAAUUCUUUAUCUGAUGUAGUCACUGAAGCCCAUUUCUCAAAUACAUCAAUGUUAAAAUACUUUGAUGCAACCUCAAACUACAAGUUGAGCUUCAAGUUUUCACCUGAUUGGAAGCCUCCUUUCCAAAUAGGAAAACUUGAACUUGGAUCUUGCAAAAUUGAAUCAGACUUUCCACAAUGGAUUCGAGCACAAACAAGUCUUGAAUAUCUAGACCUUUCUAAUACUAGCAUUUAUGGACCUCUUCCAGAUUGGCUUAGCGAGCUCCCAAUCAUGAUGACGCUGGAUCUCUCCCAUAACUUUCUUAAUGGUCCAUUGACAAACCUUCCAUCUAACCAAACAAUCCAGGAUUUAACGAUAACUUACCCUGGACAGUCAAGAUUGUUACUUCUUAGGAACAACCUUUUUAAUGGAUCGAUUCCAAAAUCACUGUGUAAUAUUACAAAGUUAGCUAUUCUCGAUCUCUCCAGAAAUACGCUAUCGGGAACUUUUCCAGAUUGCCUUGGAAGUAUCCGAAACCUAUAUGUUUUGACAUUAAGUUCCAACCAGCUCUCGGGUGUCAUUCCAAGCUCAGUUGGCAAUCUUGGUUCUUCACUAGAUUGGUUAGCUCUAAACAACAACAGUUUCCAAGGUGAACUUCCGAAAACUUUAGCAAAUUGCAGAAAUUUAGUUUUGUUGGAUUUGGGUGAAAACAGAUUCUCUGGAAGCGUACCAAAAUGGAUUGGUGAAAAUAUGAAGGAGCUUGUUUUCCUCAGGCUACAUAAAAACAGCUUCACAGGUCCAAUUCCUGUAGAGUUGUGUGAAAGAUCCACCCUCCAAAUCAUGGAUCUUGGAGAAAACAAGUUAACAGGAACCAUCCCUCGCUGUUUCCAGAACUUAAGUGGAAUGAUCACAGGAGGCGACAACAGUAUUUCUUUUUCAGGCUCAUACGAGCUGAGUUUGAGCCAGGUUAUGAAAGGAGUUGUGCUAGAGUAUACAACGACAUUGAGAUAUGUUGUCAACAUAGACCUUUCGAGCAAUAAACUGGUGGGGGAAAUACCCAAGGAGUUGUCACUUCUUUUGGGAUUGCAUGGUCUUAACUUGUCUAACAAUCACCUCACAGGUCGUAUUCCAGAUAGAAUUGGUGAUAUGAAUUCGUUAGAGUCUCUUGACCUUUCUAUAAACCAACUUUCAGGGGUGAUCCCACAAAGUCUGUCGGCAUUGACAUUUCUUAGCUAUCUGAAUUUGUCACACAAUAAUUUAUCCGGAAGAAUCCCAACAGGAAGUCAACUCCAGACACUCACUGAUCCAUCCAUAUAUGCUGCCAAUAGUGAGCUUUGCGGUAAUCCGUUGCCGAUCAAGUGCAACCAUGAUGAUGAUGUCCCAGGAACUGGAAGAAACUCUGAGGAAGAUGAAGACGAUGAUAGCGAUGAGAAGAUAUGGAUUUAUGGUGCAACAGGCGGUUUCACAACUGGGUUUAUGGGAAUUGUAGCAAUUCUGGUACUUAAGAACAGAUGGAGACUUGUUUUCUUUAAGUUUGUGGGAUAUUACAUCCGGAGGAAACUGUGA